AUGUUGCUCAACAUUGCUGCUGUCGCUACCGCCUUGUUGGCCGUUCCUGGUGUUUUCGCAACACCUCAACUCUUCGAUCUGCCCGUGGCCUUUUUGGCAAACAAGCAAGUCACAUACGAGACGUCAACAGUGUCCCAUUGCUUUACGGCCUUGGGACCUUCUAGCGUCUGGGAAGUGCGGACGUCAUACCGGACAAAGACCAUACAUCCUCCGGUAUUGCGAGCUACCAUAACCACCACACCUACGAGUACCGUGACACCUUCCCCAGUCACCAGCACAAUCGUUUCACAAACUCUGACCACGGUUACUGUGACUAACCCCGCGGUCAUCGACACAUUCUCAACGACCUCCACCAUCACCGUCAUUGAGACAGUAACUAUAACGCCAACUACGACCACCACAGAAACUGAAACUGUCAGUGCCGAUACUACUACCACGACAGUAAUUCCAACGAGUUCCGGUUUUUUCCCGGUUCAAGACACCAGAGACGGCUAUCCUACUCCUAUAAUGAAUCCUAUGAAGCGAAACCUGGAGCUUGAAUCUCAUGCUCUAGAGCAUGGCGACGACUGUGAUUGUCAGGGGCCAGGCUGGGGAAAGUAUCCAAAAGAGGUGAAAUGUGUGGAGAAGAUCGAAAUCUUCACAAAAGUUAUUUUUACAACAACAGCAAGUACCGUGACGACGACGCUCUCGGCCUCCACCACGACCGUCGUGUCUGUGUCGACCGCUACCUCCACGUCGACUGUGGUUCCAUUCCCCGUGAAGACAACCCUCUCAUUUAGCACGACUAUCACCACGGCUUCAACUACGGUCGCCCCUACUUUCACAUCGACCACGACUACUACGACCACCAUAUUUACUUCCACCGCCUCCGUGACGGAAUACGCCGCCUGCAAUGAUGAGAGAAAUUACGUCACACAGGGCUCAAACGGCUUAAACAUUGACAGCGGUUUUGGAUUGAUUAACGUUCAACAAGCGUCACGUUUUCCGAUUGGCGAUGCUUACAGUUGCUGUGUUCUUUGCCAAAAUAACACCAUUCGCAACUGCGCGGUUUCCUACAUAUAUAUGGGUACCAGUGAUCCAUUCUGCAUCCUCGCCACUUCCUCUGAUACUUGUACGCCUGAAACUCGGGCUUUAUCCUAUCAAGAAACGGGACAGAACCCUCCACUUUUUAAUAUUUCUAACGGCAAUUGCGGUUUCGCACUCGAUGCCGGUUUUCUUGGUUAG